AUGGGCAAGCGGCGGCCGCAGAAAUGCGGCAAACCCGCAGUCACCGGGCGCACCCGCUGCUUUACUGGAAAAUUCGGCGCCCUUUCCCACACUGACCUUUCGCCACCGGUUCAUCCAGGGGUGCGACUACCCCGCCCGCGUUCUCCGCUUCAGCCCGCUGACUGUCCGCCGUCUCCAUCGCCGCCACUGCUGCUCACUCACCACCGGCUGGGGGACGGAGGAGAGAGGCGCUAUACCGGGGUCCUCAUCUUACUGCGGAUGACGGAUCUCCGCUCCGCGGCUGCGACGCAGACUCGCCGCGCACACGCCCCUCGCGUGCGCAGCCCCGAGCGGGAGGGGCCGGGACCACCCCACUACCCCGCACCGAGACCCACCGUUCACUGCCCCGCCCGGACACUCUCCCCAUACCAGGAGCUUUCACACCCACAGACCCCGGGGCUUCAGCUCUCCUUCCUGAUGUUACUGAUCUGCGGAAUCCACACUGUGAUGCAGGGAGCAGCACAUCCAGCCACUGGGAGAAGGUGGAUGAAGGAGGCUUUGGCAAUGACUUUCUCCUGGCAGCAAUGGCAGAUGAGGGACAGGAACCUGAGCGAGGAUAUCAUCAGAGACCAGCCACACUGCUUGCAGAAAGUGAGGUGCCACAAUAAGAGUAGUCGAUAGUGGUAACCAGCCUAUGGACAUGAACGCAAGGACAUUGGUAUAAACAGAAGUUGUUGAAUGUCCGAGACAGCCUUUAUGUACAGUAUAUCGAAGGCUGCUAAAGUGUCAGGCAGCUCAGUGCAUUUAAA